CCACCGCCGGCCCUCUCCCGCCGGAGAAACUCCCGGUCCUCGCGACCACCACCACCACCUCGCCCUAACCGCAUCUCCAACUCUAGCCUUCAAUCCGCCGCCGUCGCCACCCGGUGCGCGUCGGGGAGGAGCCCAACUGCUAGGAGCGCGUGGCCCGGCGGGGGAGAAGAAGGAAAGGCGUCUCGAACUCUCAGGGAGCAGCGCCGCCACCCGCUAAUAAGCUCCAGGGGAAACGCCGGCGAGCUAUCGAGAGCCAUCGCCUGUCAGGUCCUUAACAAACAGGCAAUGGAUGUGGAUGAAAUGCUCGGUGGCCUGCGUGCUACCGGAGUGCCUACAAAGAGCGCGAUUUACAUAUGGGGGUAUAACCAUAGUGGGCAGACGGCGCGGAAAGGCAAGGAGUGCCACUUAAGGAUCCCCAAGAGCCUCCCUCCAAAGCUAUUCAAAUGGCAGGAUGGCAAGAACCUCAGGUGGAUUGAUGUUGCAUGUGGCCGUGAGCACACUGCUGCAGUCGCUUCUGAUGGAUCGCUCUACACCUGGGGCGCAAAUGAUUUUGGUCAGUUGGGAGAUGGGACAGAGGAGAGUGCAAAGGAACCCCAAAAGGUGAUGGCACUGGAAACUGAGUUUGUGAAAUCAGUGUCCUGUGGAGCACAUUGUACAGCUGCUCUUGCUGAACCUCGAGAAAAUGAUGCCACUAUAUCAAGAAGCAGGCUCUGGGUUUGGGGACAAAAUCAGGGCUCAGAUUACCCUCGCCUAUUCUGGGGAGCUUUUGCACCAAAUACGGUGGUUCGUCAGGUUUCUUGCGGAGCUGUUCAUGUCAUGGCCCUAUCUGAAGAUGGCCUGCUGCAGGCAUGGGGCUACAAUGAGUAUGGUCAGCUUGGGAGAGGUUGUACUUCUGAAGGGCUACAGGGAGCUCGUGUACUAAAUGUUUAUGCAAGGUUCCUUGAUGAGGCCCCCGAGCUAGUGAAGAUUAUUAGAGUAUCAUGUGGAGAGUACCAUACAGCAGCUAUAUCAGAAAAUGGGGAGGUAUAUACUUGGGGACUGGGAAGCAUGGGACAGCUUGGGCAUUGCUCUCUUCAGUCUGGAGACAAGGAACUGAUCCCAAGGCGUGUUGUUGCUCUUGACAGAAUAGUAAUCAGGGAUGUGUCAUGUGGUGGGGUCCACUCAUGUGCUGUAACUGAUGAUGGAGCGCUCUAUGCUUGGGGUGGAGGACAUGUGGGCCAACUGGGUCUGGGACCACAGAGCGGUUUCUUUUCCUGUGCUCUUAAUGGAUCGGACAUGCUCCUCCGCAACAUUCCGGUCCUGGUCAUACCAUCAGGAGUCCAGCUUGUUACUUGUGGCCAUUCUCACACCCUUGUGUCUAUGAAAGAUGGUCGCAUAUAUGGAUGGGGCUAUAAUUGUUAUGGCCAGGCAGCUAAUGAAAAAUCUACUUAUGCUUGGUUCCCCUCUCCAGUUGAUUGGUGCGUUGGAGAGGUGAGGAGACUUGCUGCAGGUGGUGGCCAUUCAGCUGUUUUAACUGAUGCAUGUUCUCUAAAAGAACUGUGUGAGUUCAAGCUGGCAGAAACAGUUAACAUGUCCAAUGCUCUUCUGAUAGAAGAUGCUGCAUCGCGGACUGGUGGUGAUGCCCUGGCACGUCUGUGUGAGAAAUUAAGGGAGCAUUUGGUUGAGCAAGGAGAGUGUGAACUGUUGGAAAAUCAAAUGAUCGAAGAGGUUGAGGCAAAAGCCUAAAUACCCUAGUGAAUAGUCACUAUUCAUCGCACCUUUUAUGUGCUGACAUUCGAGUCACAUUGGUUGUCGUGAUUGUAGUGUAUGGACUCAGGACUCUAAAUUAAUUAUGUGUUGGACUGAGAUCUCAAUCUCAUUGGUGUCUCCCAAGUGUAUGAAAGAAUUGGGAGACUGUUUGUACCAUUAUGAAAAGGCAGGUGAAUAUUGUUGUAGAACUAAGUACAGUUAGGAACCGAUUGUAACCUUCAGAAUUAUGCUUGGCCACCGAGCAGCUGCACCUUUGCCUUUGGUGCAUGUGUUUCAGGAUUCACUGAAAUUAACAUUAAGUUUGAGAGUUUCCAGGGAAUGGUGUUGUAAUGGAUAUAUUGUUCAUGUUUUA